UUAAAAUUAUACAUCACAAGUUAUAAGUUGGACACUUAAUUUGGAGAUUAGAAUUUUUCAACAAAUAUUCAGAUAAAUAGGUGAUUCAGCUUAAAUAUAUUUUAUACGUAUUAUUCCAAUAUUAAAAGGAAUAGGAACGGCUUUCUUAGUUUCUUCAAGUAUGAUGCUUUUUAUGUUAUUGUUCAGUCGACAAGGCAAAUUGCGUUUGCAGAAAUGGUAUAUGGCUUAUCCGGAUAAAGUAAAGAAGAAAAUAACUAGAGAAUUGGUAACCACAAUCCUUGCUCGCAAACCCAAGAUGUGCUCUUUUCUAGAGUGGAAAGAUUGCAAAAUCGUUUAUAAGCGAUAUGCGAGUUUAUAUUUUUGUUGCGCUAUUGAACAAAAUGAUAAUGAAUUGUUAACUCUCGAAAUCAUUCAUCGUUAUGUCGAACUAUUGGAUAAAUAUUUUGGAAGUGUUUGCGAAUUGGAUAUAAUUUUUAAUUUUGAGAAAGCAUACUUUAUCUUGGAUGAGUUGUUAAUUGGUGGUGAAAUACAGGAGACUUCCAAAAAAAAUGUGCUUAAAGCAAUUGCAUCCCAGGAUUUACUACAAGAGGAUUUCAAUGAGACGAGACUCCACAGGGCUUUUUUGACGACCACGGCCUCGGAUAAAUAAAUGGUUUAUUGAUACAUUAACUCAGCUGAGAUUUUGACUUAUGGCAUUAAACCUAAUAAUAUAUUAUCAUCAUUCCUUAAUAUAAAAAUAUAUGCAAACAAUUAAGAAAAAAAUAAAUACAAAAUUUAUAAAUAAUAAAAUAAAUAAGCGAAUUCUCGUCAUUGUUAAUGCUGAGAGAUUACAAUUAUGAUGCAACAGCAACUGGCUAAGAUGACGAUAUUUCUUUGAAAUAAAUAAGUGUAGUCAACUUUUUAAAAAA